CUUUUGUUCAAGUGGAGUUGCCGUACUGUUUUGUUUUUUUUUCUUCAUUUACCACACCAGUUUGUUAAUGUAAUUUUUACUAUACCUACUCACUGCUGAGCACCACUGAAGCAUUGAUGCCAUCACCGGUUUACCCGAGUAAAACAUAUUUUGCUACAGAUUCCUAUCACCGGAAAAAGUUGCCUGGUUGCGUGCGGACGUUUCUCGCGCUAGCUUCGUUUUAGCUUCGUCGCUGCUAACAAAGAGACACGUGUUUGUUGUGUUUUUUAGCAACAUAUCGCGAAGCAGAGAUCGAGUGGAAAGUGCUUUGAUAAGCGCGAGGGGGGAAAAUGUGUAGUAAAAGCACGAAAGCUGAAGAGUGCGAGGAGGACGUUUGCGGGGCAAAAGAGAAGCGCGAGCAACAACAACGUCAACUAUGGGAGGCUGUUUGCAGGAAGCCUCAACACAGAGCAGACACUGGUGAAGCUCGUACUGAGCCAGAGUCCGUCGGCAUCAAAGAAGAAGACGCGCUCAAGUUGCAUCACAUUAAAGAUGAAGAGCGAGAGGAUGAAAUUACGGAGUUUCCAUCAAGUGGCAUCAGUGUCAAGCGUGAGGAAGACGACAAAGACAGUGAUGGCGGCCUAUGUGAAGGAUCCCAGUCAGAGCGUCUCUUAGCUCCGCUGUCGGAUAGCGACGGCAUAACACUGCACUCUUCAGACUAUGAUGAUGAGGAUGACGACGAUGACUAUGAUGAUGAAUACUCUACAGGUGAUCGGACAUGCGACGCUGAUGACAAAUGUGUCAGGUGUUCUCACUGUGACAAAACUUUUUAUAACAAGUCAUCGCUGAAAGCACAUACGAGAUCACAUACCGGAGAAAAACCUUUCACCUGCUUAGUUUGCGGCAAAAGAUUCUCUUUAAAGACGAAUUUAACACAGCACGCGAAAACACACACCGGGGAGAAACCUUUCGUCUGCUCGGUCUGCGGUAAAACAUUCUCACGCAAGGAAAAUUUGAACAUACACACAAUAACGCACACUGGAGAAAAACCUUUUGCCUGCUCUCUGUGUGGUAAAAAAUUCUCUUUAAAAAGAGAUUUGACAAUGCACACAAGAACACACACGGGAGAAAAACCUUUCGCAUGCACAGUUUGUGCUAAAAGAUUCUCUUUGAAUAACACUUUAACCAGACAUAUGAAAACACACACCGGAGAAAAACCUUUUGCCUGCUUACUUUGUAGUAAAAGUUUCUCUUUAAAAAGAAUGUUAACAAUGCACACAAGAACACACACAGGAGAAAAACCUUUUUCCUGCUCAGUUUGCGCGAGACGAUUCAUAGAGCAAGGACAUUUAACGAUGCACAAACGAACACACACCGGAGAGAAGCCUUUUACUUGCUCAGUUUGCGGUCAAAGAUUCUCCAUGAAGACAAAUUUAACAAGGCACACAAGAAUACAUGACGGAGAGAAACCUUUUAUUUGCUUAGUUUGUGGUAAACAAUUCACUCAGAACGGAGAUUUGACAAUACAUACAAGAACGCACACUGGAGAAAAACCCUUUGCCUGCUUAGUUUGCGAUAAAAGAUUCCCUUCCAAUUCACAUUUAACAAAACACACACGAACGCACACCGGAGAGAAACCUUUUGCUUGCACAGUUUGCGGGAAAAGAUUCACUCAGAGCUCACGUUUAACAAGGCACACGAAAACACACGUUGGAGAGUAACGAUUCUGUUGCAGUGUUGCGGUAUGUCAUCCGUUCAAGGAGAGGCGAAAAAGUGCUUCCUUCCGGACAAGAGAAAGGAAAGUUCAGCUUGAAGUGAAUUUGACUUGACUUUUUCUUGUUGACCGAAUGAAGCGACGACGAGUAUUUCCUGCAAAAUAUUGACCUAAUAAAAAACUAAAGGUAUCUUUUAAAAUAAUCCGUGGAUUCUACCCACGGAAAGUUUCACUACAAUGAUUCGAAAGAGAUACACAUUGCUGUUUUUUGAAAAAUCCACUGAAGAUCUUUUUCAUUUAUUUUGGAAUUCUUGAAAUUGUGAAAAGAUGUAUUGGUUGUGUUUUUCUCUUUGAUAGAACCACAUCUUUCCUUUUGUUUUAAACAUAGAGUACACCAUUUGGUUUCAUCGGCUGUAUAUACAGUUUUUUUUGUCAUUUUUUUCUUAUACAUGAUCGAUAUGAUCUUUUUAUCGGCUCAAUAACGUCCAAACAAAUGUCGAUAAAGUCAUCGAAAACCGUCGAUCUAGAAGCGCUGGAGCUUAUCCCAGUUAGCUUUGGGCGUAAAUGAAAACAAACUCCAGAUUUUAUGACCGUUAGACGCCCCACGAAUGCAAAAGCCAUGAAAAUCUUGCAUGUAUGUUUUCUUUAAGAUAUAUUUUUGUAUUAUGAUACACUUGUCUUUUUGUCAGGUAUCGUCUGCCUCCUCUGGCAAUCGUAAGUUCUGCUUUCUGAAUAAAUAUUAACCAUCAUCUUCCAUCAAAAUGCAGUUCAUAAAAUAUGCAUGUAUAUGUUGGUUUUUAAAACCUUUUACUUGAUAUUUACGAUUUGUAAAGUACCUACGGAUGUCUCAGGCCAGGCUUAAUGCAAUUAUUGCAAGGAAGGGUUAUCCCAAUAAAUUCACUGUUAUGAUGAUUCUGAUUCAAUUCAUUGAAUGUUCAUUUAAUCAUCUGGUCCAAUACUUUUGCUCACUUAUAAAGCGGGUGGCUUCAAACACAAGGUCCUCGAGUUGUUUAGCACAUCUGGAGGUAAAUACCAUUACAUAAAAGCUGGAAUUGUGAACUUUUGUCUCAUAUUCAUCAUUUGACCUUAACGCCAAACAUCUUGAGUAUGCACCAAUUGCUCUUUUUUUUAUUUUUUUUUUUUUUUGCGGUUAAAUGCGAACCAGAACCCGCCGAAAUGUGAAAAACCGCAAU